AUGGCUGAGAAACCCGCGGUUCUCAUCAUUGGUGGCUUGGGCUACAUUGGACGCUUUCUUGCGCUCUACAUUCACAACAACAAUUUGGCAUCCGAGGUCCGGAUCGUAGAUAAGGUGCUUCCCCAGCUGGCAUGGCUGGCACCAGAGUUUGCGGAAGCAUGUUCGAAGGACAAGUUCAUGCAGGCAGAUGCGAGUAGAGAGCAAUCCCUCCCCCGUAUCUUCGACCGAUCCAAUGGCAAGCAAUGGGACUACGUCUUCAACUGCGGUGGCGAGACCAAAUAUUCGCAGGAGGAUGAAGUCUACAAGGUGCGCUCGCUCGCUUUGAGCGUGGCCGUGGGGAAGGAGGCCGCGAAGCGGGGAGUGAAGGCAUUUGUCGAGCUGAGCACUGGUAUGGUGUACAAGCCUGAUUCGCAACCGAGCAAGGAGGGUGACAAACUGAAGCCCUGGAGCAAGAUCGCCGUGUUCAAGCUGCAGGCCGAAGAACAGCUUUCGAAAAUGGAAGGCCUCAACCUCAUUAUUGUCCGCCUUGCCCACGUCUACGGCAAUUAUGCCUCCCAAUUUGUCGCAACUGCCCUGGCAAUGGCCCGCGUAUACCAGUAUCUCCAAUCGGAAAUGAAAUGGCUCUGGACGAAAGAUCUGCGGGUAAAUACCGUCCACAUCGACGAUGUAACCCGCGGUCUUUGGGCCAUCGCCGAGUGGUACGCAGUCGACAAACAACCCGGCUGGGACGCCAAGUCCAUGGGCAAGAUCCCCACCUUCAACAUGGUCGACAAGGGACGUACGAGCCAAGGCACCAUGUCUGAGAUUAUCCACGAGCUAUUCGGCAUCGAGACCGGCUUCCAGGGCCAGCUAAUCAGCACGUUCGCGAGGCUGCACAUGGACAGUGUCGUCGACGACGUGAACGACGAGGUGCUUCAGCCUUGGGCCGACCUCCUCCAUGAUGCGGGUAUCACGCGACCGGGACCUUUGACGCCCUUCAUGGAGAAAGAGCUAUUGAAGGACACGGAUCUGAGUAUGGACGGCAGCAGGUUGGAGAAACUCCUUGGCUUCUCGUACGAGAAGCCCAAGAUUACCAAGGAGCUAUUGCAGGAUAUGAUUGACAGCUACACCCAGAUCGGAUGGUGGCCAGUCGCCAGUGCGCACAGGUACGAUUCACGCAAGGAUUGA